AUGUCCUUUGACUUCAUCUUCUUCCAGCUCAUUCCCAUGGCUCUCCCGACUAUCCUCGCCAGCCCUCUCUCGGACGUCUCCCUGGAGCUGGGCCUGCUCAACGGCGCUGUCGGCCUUGUCGGCUUCGUUUACGCCAACUUCUUCGGCCUGAACAGCUCGACUACCCGUUUCGAGAUCAACAUCACCCGCGCUCUCUACCACUGUUCCCUGAGCUGCAUCGGCAUCUGCCUGAUGUCCGUUCCCACCUGGCAGUUCCUCGAGUCGGCCGAGACUCUGUAUCACAUCAUCCUGUACUUCGCCAGCGCCCUGGUCGUCAUCCCCACCCUCAGCGCCUACAACGGUCACGGCUUCAACAUGACCUUCGACUAUAUCCGUCGCGGCCUGUUCUGGAUGUGCAUGGCGCACUUCAUCAUCACGCGCAUGUUCACCACGCUCGUGGCCUACGUCGUCUGGAGGUCUGAGGGGCUGCUCGAGGACCCUGCUCGCCGCAACCUCUUCUACAACAACACUUGCAAGGCUUACCUUCCCGUCCUGUACGCCUUCCCCGCCUACGCGGUCUUUGGCUACAUUCCUCCUAUGAAUGCGGCUCAGCACGCCAACAAGAUCGCCAGCUGGUUCUGUGCCAACUAG